UGGCGCUGUUAUCGCGUUAACAGGUGAAUGUUUUAAACAAACGUGAAGAUGUCGUCUGCUACUCAGUGUUGGUGGAAUAUUCGGAUUUCUCGUAAAAUUUAGAAUAAAUAACGAUCAAAACAAGAAAUAUAGUUUCAACAACAAGAUGGCGGCACCGUUUACAGCGUUUGUUGUCUUGUGCCAGGUUUUGAUUCGAAUGUUAUCUGCUUUAGAUAAAAGAAUUACUGUCGACUGUCAUAAUGAUCCUGAAAAUAUAAUUGUGACUAUAGAUACAGAUAUACCAUUUUUGGGUCUUGCAUAUGUUACUUCUAAGUAUAAUGAUCCUAGAUGUGUGAUACAUGGUCAUGGUAACAAUACAACUAAACUUAAGAUACCAUUUUUAGGAUGCAAUACUUCAAAAAAAGAUACAGGAUUAUUUAUGAAUAGAAUAACUAUUCAACAACAUCCAUUGAUUGUUAGUUCUGGAGAUGGAGAGUAUGAAGUAGGAUGUAAAAUGUAUUCUGGAGAUAUACAAAUUGAUAGCGGAAAUAAUAUGGAAGUCACGGCGCCGUCCGCUAAUAUAAGUGCUUCUACCGAUAGUGUUUCUCCACCUCAAGUUCUUCUAAGAGUAUAUGAUUUUGAAAAUGAUGUUUUUGUCGAAACAGUUCGAUUGGGUCAAGUAGUCGAAUUGGAAAUCACAAUUAGAGACGGCAAUUUGUACAAAGGAAGAGUCUCAGACUGUGAUGCUUUUGGUGAAAACAGAACAAUGUUUCCCGUGAUCAGAAAUUACUGUCCAGUCGAUCUGAGUAUUUCUGAUAAAGUAUACGUCGAUGAUCAAAGCAGAACAACUGGUGACUUUUAUCUUUAUAUACCAUUUCGUGUAUUUAGAUUUCUGGAUGGAGUCCGAGUUGCAUUCACUUGUAACGUUGUCAUUUGUCAAGAUGAUUGUCCCGAGGCUGAUUGCGGAGAGUUUAGUGGAAUGUCCUAUGGGAGGAAACGAAGAUCUAUCUCUCAACCACCCUUAUAUACCAUGACUGUCAGCAAUGAAGUGACUGUUGUGGACAGUACAGGAAGUAUACCUCAUCCCCCUGAAGAGGUCAAGCCUACGUCUUCGUCUCUAACGGAUACAAAAUCCAGAUUUUCCAUACCCUGGUUGAUCGGAAGUGCUGCAGUUAUAACUUCUUUCGUCAUUUCUGUGACUGUAAACAUUUAUCUAUUAAUAGCACAGAGGAGACAUUCGCGUAAUACUUCAUGCGAUUGUCACCAGAUGGACAUAGUAGAACGAGAACACAAAGAAAUCGAAUUAAUGUAUCCAUCGGUCCCUUUCAAAAGAUAAUUUUUAAAGAUAAUUAAAAUGUAUUUUAGUGGGUUUAUUAAUAAAAAAAACAACUUUUUUUUGUAUUAUUUUCUACCUAUAAUUCUGCUUUUGA